AUGGGGCAUUAUUUCAGUUUAAUCAAACAUCAUAAGCAAAAUUUGGAAUUCCCUGCUGUAACUGUUUGUUAUCUCAACAGAAUGAAAGAAUUGAAUGAUAUGAUAGAAGGAUCAGAAGGCAGACCUAUCCUGAUUAGAGGAUAUAAUAGUUCUUCUUCUCUAGUUCUUUCCGAACGGAGAGCAGUCCAGAAGUCUAAGAAAUCAGAAAAGCUUGAGCAAGAUUCAGCAGUAAAAUUUUUAAAUGUAUAUUACAAAAUGUCUGAAUUGGAACGAUUUAGAAAAGGAGAUCAUCCAGCCGAUUUCGUACAAAAAUGUAUUUUUAAUGGUAGAUUUUGUUCUGAAAUGAAUAUGUAUAAUUACACCAACUUUCGUGUUGGGAACUGCAUGACAUUUAAUAAAGGAAUUCCAUCUUCAAAACCUUUGCAAACAACAAAGACUGGAGUUGGAACUGGUUUGAUUUUGGAUUUAAAAUUAGAAAUAGAUUACUAUUUAUCGUUUGCUCAUACAAUAGGAGCCAAAGUUGUCGUUCACGACCCCAGUGAAACGCCAAAUCUUGAAAAAGAAGGCUUCAUUCUAAGUCCAGGAUAUGAAACGGUAAUUUCUUUGAAGCACUCUGUCAUUCGCAGAUUACCAGCUCCAUACAAAGAUCAGUGCUAUGAUUACAAAAAUAAGGUCAAUCCAGCUAAGACUAGCAAACGUCUUUGUAUUCGAGACUGUAUUCAAGGGCAAACUUUUGCUAAAUGUGGCUGUAUUGAUCUCCCAUUAACUGCAAUGAAUGAUUUGAAACCUUGUGAUGUGAUGAACAAGACAGAAAUGAAGUGCUUGUACGAUGUUCUUACAAAUAUGUCUCGAGUUGGAUUAGAUUGCAAAUGUCCUCUACCGUGCACAUCCGGCUCAAAAAUUCCGGUUUUAAACCCGAAUCACAUGGAACUUCUCACAAAAUCUGGAACAACUUCGAACACCCACGUCUCUCCGACUCCUCCUUCGACGGCCCUCACUGCUCUUCUCUCUUCUUAA